AAAAAUAACCACCAGAAGCCACUCUGUGAUCAUUUUCUCUCUCGCAGUGAACUUUUGAGCAUCGAUUGUUCCUCUCUAAAUCUGCCAUGAAUGCUUUCCACCACAAUCGCCAAAGCAAUUUGAGACCUCCGUACCAAAAAACCCCCAUCCUUCUAGGGUUUUUUCUGGAUACUAAUUAGUCUCACCUCGACAUGACUUCGUCUCCCAAAUCCUUCUACGCUCGCCCUUCGUCGUACACUCGGAGAUCAACGGUACUGAUCCUCUGUUUCCUGAUCGGAUUCACUGGUUUUAUCUUCGGUUUCGUCGCUAUUUCGGGACAAAAUUUGGGGUAUAAAUGUAGAAGUGGUAAGUCUAGAUCGGUGUCGGUAGUUUGGGAUAGAAGUGGCGGUGGAAUUGGGAAUGGUGGUGGGGUUCCCGAUGAGGAUCAGAAAAGGCACAAGGUUAUGGGUUUCGUUGGAAUUCAAACUGGGUUUGCAUCGGUUGGACGGCGGCGAUCCCUGCGGCAGACUUGGAUGCCAUCCGAUCAGCAAGGACUUCAGCGCUUGGAAGAAGCAACUGGCUUGGCUUUCAGAUUUGUUAUUGGUAGAACCAAUGAUCAAUCAAAAAUGUCACAGCUCAGAAGGGAGGUGGCAGAGUAUGACGACUUCAUUCUGUUAGAUAUUGAGGAGGAGUACAGUAAGCUCCCAUACAAAACGUUGGCUUUCUUCAAAGCUGCCAACGCACUUUUUGAUUCUGAGUUUUAUGUUAAAGCUGAUGAUGAUAUAUACUUGAGGCCAGAUCGCCUUUCACUUCUUUUGGCAAAAGAACGUCCACACUCUCAAACUUACCUUGGAUGCUUGAAAAAGGGUCCAGUUUUUACUGACCCUAGGCUCAAAUGGUUUGAGCCACUAUCUUAUUUGCUUGGGAGCGAGUACUUCCUCCAUGCUUAUGGUCCAAUAUAUGCUCUUUCUGCUGAUGUUGUUGCAAGUUUGGUUGCUCUAAGAAACAAUAGUUUCCGUAUGUUUAGCAAUGAAGAUGUUACGAUUGGUGCAUGGAUGCUUGCAAUGAAUGUCAACCAUGAGGACAACCGACAACUUUGUGAACCAGAAUGUACUCCAUCAUCUAUUGCUGUUUGGGAUAUUCCAAAGUGUUCAGGGCUAUGUGACCCAGAGAAAAGGUUAUUGGAACUACAUCAGAAAGAGAGCUGCUCAAAAAGUCCGACUCUAUUAUCUGACGAUUAACAUUUUUGGCUCCAUGUUCUGGAAGAGUCCCAUAACUUCUACUGAUUACAUUCAACACAUCCUCUUACGACUGACUACACAACUAUCAAAUUCAGUUUGUAAUCUACAAAGUUGCUUUAGAGCAGGGCUUUGUUGUUUUAAUAUUGUUAUAUCCCAGCCAUCAUUUUUUUUUCUUGCUUUGUAAUUUAAUUUUUCAUUGUGUUUAAUGGAGCGAGAAAUUUUGUUUCAGAGUUACUGUAUUUAGGAAUAGCUGCCAGGUGGCAGGAGCAUGAUCUCCCAUUUAAACUUUCAUACAUUGUAGGAAUGUGCUUAAUGAUUUUUACCUGAUUAAUGAAGUUAUCUAGUUUUUGUAGAGUA